UAUCAUGCUUGGACAGCAACCCGAUUUCAAACCAUCCCAUUCCCAAGAGCUUCAAAUGAGACCUUGAGUGUCGCCCUUGUGGCCCAGAACACAUCUGGCCAGGCUGGUGGGGGUGCUGCCCGAACAUGCCCACCGUGGAUGACGUUCUGGAGCAGAUUGGGGGGUUUGGCUGGUUUCAGAAGCAAGCUUUUCUGACCCUGUGCCUAAUCUCAGCUGCUUUAGCACCCAUCUAUGUGGGCGUCAUCUUCCUGGGCUUCACCCCCAAUCACCGAUGCAGGAACCCCGGGGUGGCUGAGCUGAGCCAGCGAUGCGGCUGGAGUCAGGCUGCGGAGCUCAACUACACAGUGCCGGGCUUGGGAACUGCGGACGAGGCCUUCCUCAGCCAGUGCAUGCAGUAUGAGGUGGACUGGAACCAGAGCACCCUUAGCUGCGUGGACCCUCUGUCCAGCCUGCCUGGCAACAGGAGCCUCCUGCCUCUGGGCCCCUGUCAGCACGGCUGGGUGUAUGACAUGCCUGGCUCCUCCAUCGUCACUGAGUUUAACUUGGUGUGUGCGGACGCCUGGAAGGUGGACCUCUUUCAGUCCUGCGUGAACUUGGGCUUCUUCCUCGGCUCCCUGGUCAUUGGCUAUGUCGCAGACAGGUUUGGCCGAAAGCUGUGUCUCCUGGGGACCUCCCUGGUCACUGCAGUGUCAGGCGUGCUGACAGCUGUGGCUCCAAACUACACAUCCAUGCUUGUCUUCCGCCUGGUCCAGGGAAUGGUCAGCAAGGGCACGUGGAUGUCUGGCUACACCCUGAUCACAGAGUUCGUUGGCUCAGGCUACAGAAGGACGGUGGCGAUCCUGUACCAGAUGAUCUUCACAGUGGGGCUGUUGGGGCUCGCUGGGAUGGCGUACGCCAUUCCACAUUGGCGCUGGCUCCAGCUGGCUGUGUCCCUGCCCACCUUUCUGUUCCUGCUGUACUACUGGUGUGUUCCUGAGUCGCCCCGAUGGCUGUUGUCACAGAAGAGAAUCACUCAAGCAGUGAAGAUCAUGGACCACAUCGCCCAGAAGAAUGGGAAGCCCCCUCCCACAGAUUUGAAGAUGCUCUCUGUGGAGGAGGAUGGGACGGAAAAGCUGAGCCCGUCGUUUGUGGAUCUGUUCCGCUCGCCAACACUGCGGAAGCACACGUUCAUCCUGAUGUACAUGUGGUUCUCCUGCUCUGUACUCUACCAGGGCCUCAUCAUGCAUGUCGGGGCCACCAGCGAGAACCACUACCUGGAUUUCUUCUACUCUUCACUGGUUGAAUUCCCCGCAGGCUUCAUCACCCUCGUCACCAUUGACCGGGUUGGCCGCAUCUACCCGCUGGCUCUGUCCUACCUGGUGGCGGGAGCAGCCUGUUUGAUCAUGGUUUUUGUUCCACAUGAUCUGCGCUGGCUACAAAUCCUGUUGGCUUGUGGGGGCCGGCUGGGAACCACCAUUGUGUUGCAAAUGAUCUGCCUGGUGAACUCAGAGCUGUACCCCACCUUCAUCAGGAGCCUUGGAGUGAUGGUGUGUUCUGCCUUGUGUGACUUGGGUGGGAUCUUCACACCCUUCCUGGUCUACCGGCUGAUGGAGGUUUGGAAAUCCUUGCCCCUCAUUUUGUUUGGUGUGCUGGGCCUGACUGCUGGAGGAAUGACACUGCUCCUUCCAGAGACCAAGGGGGUCGCUCUGCCUGAGACCAUUGAGGAUGCUGAGAACCUCCGGAGGAAAGUGAAACCCAAAGAAAACAAGAUUUACCUUCAGGUCCAAGUGUCUGAAGGCGCAGGUGCCUGAGAGCUGCUUUACUAGGAGCUGAGCAGAAAAGAUGAAGAGGAAUAUAUCAUCCAAAGAAACUCCCAGAAAUCUUUGCUUUUCUGUAGUCUUUCUCAUACUUGCUAUCCCCAAAUUAAUCUCAGUCCUAAAGAAUUGCCUGAGUGUGCUUUGUCUUACCUCGUUUUAUUUAAGUCCCUCAAAUCUCUACUUUUUUUCUACUUAUCUGUCCUAGGGAGAGCUGGUAUUUCUGUUGGUGUCAAGUACAGUACAGUGGACCCUGGAUUUACUUAUUCAAUUCAUUCCUGAGGGCUGGCACUAGCUCAGGCUGUCAAUUGAAGGCUCAGGCUCCUCUACACAACCUUCAAAGUCUCUCUCCUCCCUACACUCAGAUCUCAGCGUCCUUAGAGAGACAUUGGCUCAGGAUUUCUCAAUUAACCCCACACACGAAAGGUUGUUGUAAUGAUCCUUCCAGAACUCUUUAAAACUUUGGUCAUAAGUUAAAACUAAAAGUCUAGUCAUGACCCAAGCUGUUCAUCUGUCCUCCUUGUUGUAACUCAAGGUUCUACUGUACUUAAUUACCUACAGUACUAUGGAAAUUAAAUGGAAAUUAAAUAUUGUUACAAAAAAGGUCUCUGUAACUGUUUUUCUUUGCUAUUGUUUAUUUUCUAGAGGAAAAUGCUUCUGUAGUUGUAGGAAUAUGUGCUGGCAAAAGUGUUUCAUUGCAUAGAUCGAUUGGCGGGUCCUUAGUUAUUAAACAUGGCGGUUCUUCCAGCAACUGUAUCUCAGUUGAGUUUAAAGAAAGCAAUGGAAACUGGGUGUGGUGGUGCACGCCUAUAAUGCCAGCACUCGAGAAGCUGAGGCCAGCCAAGAGUUUGAGGCCAGC